AUGUUAAACAGACAAAUAAUAGAUAAUAUAAUGGAAAGUACAAAACAAUACCAUGGAAUAAAAAGAAAGGUUGAGGAGCCUUGUUUUGUAUUUCAUUAUAAGACAAAAGAAACAGUUAUUAUUGAAAGUAAUAUAGAUACAUUCAAUGUAUUUAUACAAGAGGGAUUGUGGAAUAACACUGAUUUGAUUCAAUAUGCAUUUAAAGAAUAUGGAAAUAAAAGAAUUAUUGAAGGAAAAAAUUUAGAAAGAAUUCUGAAAGUAAUUUAUAAUUCAUUUCCAUUAUUAGAGGAAUUUAUAGAGUAUGUUAAAAGAAAUAGAUCAUUUUUUUAUCUUACAAAAGAUGAAUGGUAUUCAUUAUAUUACGAAAGGAAUUUUGUAUUGAAUGAUCAAUAUGUUAAUGAAGAUAAAAUUAUUUCAUGGCCAUUAUUAUUGGAAGAGUUUAGAGAAACAAGGAGAAAACAACAAGAUAUGGAUUGUGAUAUAUGA